CGCACGACGAGGACGAGGCGCCUCAGUCGACCGCCACCCUUCGCGACCGACGGUUCUCGUCGCCGUUCUCCAUCUCGCCGGAGAGAAGAAGGGGAAUCCACCUGCCUGUGCCGGAGUGUUUAUCCUCUGCCUCACGCGCGAGCUUCUCAGCUCCGAGAUACGACCCACUGAGCGAGAUCUAGAGGUGCGCGUGUCACGGUACUCGCGGUGCGUGCGAAUCGCGGAGGGUGGACCGUGGGGGUGCGUGCGUAGCGGUGCAUUUGGAUCUCCCUCUCCCUUUUUCUCUUUCCCUCUGUCCUCAUAAGAGUGCGAGUUAUCAUGAGUCACUAUCGAGUUUGAGGAAUCUUCCCACGUCGCUGAGAAAGAAACGCUGAAUUCCAGAGGAAGAAUUUGACCAGCAUUCCCGAUUAGUCGCUUCCAACCAAAACAAUGAACGGACCAGUCUAUGCGUCAUCUUGUCCCGCGUUGCAGUCGAAUCUGUCGCUACACAGCUCAUCCUAUUACAGCGAAUAUAGCGGCACCACGCGAAGACGACUAUCCUCAACGGGCGAAGCGGAUACUUCCGCAACGUCGAGUUACGAGGGUAGUGACAGCUCCGAGAACAGCGACGAGUCUCGUCUCGAUCCGGUUAGCCAGAUGGAACGAGAACAACUCGAAACUUUCUUCCGCGGAUUAAAAUCGCAGGUAUUCGUCUGUGAAUCACUGGCGAACCUGUAUCUCGGUAGCGCCUCUCAGACAGAGAGGUGGGAGCUCCGUUUCACCGGAAUUCCCGUGGUGGUUCUGGAUCUUGGGGAGACACGAUCAAGAUCCAAGAGACGGAUUCAAAUCUUACUGGCAGAACGCGGUACUUGCUUCACCCUCUGGCGCGAAACUAUUGACAACCUCUCAUCGUACAAGGUGUCGGGGCCAGCUUUUCACACGAUGUGUCUCUCGUCGGACCACACUCGCUUGGCCGGGCUCAGCUUCGACAAUUCAAAGGCAGCGAACGAUCUAUGGCAACACAUAGAGCGUCUCGUGUCCUGCCCGGAGAACAUCAGCCUGUCGGCGCCGGGCAAGAAGAAGAAGAAGCCAGUGCAGAAGAAGGUGGUGCUGCCGGCUAAGAGCAACAUCAGUCAGCCAUGCCAGUUCCAGCACGUGACCAGUGUGGAUGCGGCCGAUCGUUCGCGUUACUUCUCGCUGCAGACAUUGGUACCGGCGCUGAGCGAACUGGAGAGCUCGCUGGAGGCGAACUUCUGAGACAAGUCCGACGCCUUCAAGCUCUCAUAGGAUCGACGCAGCGCGGCACCCGACUCCCGCCUUCUUCCCCGGAAGUAAUCCCACCGAGAAAGAAGGAUCCGGUUAAUGUCGCGUGCGGGAGAAACAGAUCAAGUCUAGGAGAACUCGCACACGGGGGUCUCGGAUCGCGCGAAUGUGUUGAGAGCUGUCGAAGGAAGGCGAACGCUGGAAGGCGACACCGCGGAUUUCAUCGGAAAUCCUUUUAUCUUCUUGCUCUUUCUCCGAAGUAGUUGUAGAAGGUCUAGGACCCAAGACGGGGAGGAGAUAUAUCGACGAAGCUUUAACGACGACAAAAAGAGAAGGCGGGAUACUUUUCCUCGAAGAGCCCUCGCGGCUCCCGUAGUUUUACUCGGAUUCAUCUUUAUCUUCUCUCGUAUCCCACCCGAUAUAAUCAACCAACUAGUUGGUAAGAGUUAACGGUUAAGUAAGACGCGCUGAAUUCCGAUUUCCGCGUUAUCCCUGGUUCUCGCGCGCAUCGACCGGAUCAGCGUCGUCUCGAAACGAGGAGCCGAGAAACUGAACUCGAAGGAUCUGGCCUCGAAAAGGCAAAGAAGCGCGAAGCAAUCGUGACGCGACAGAAGAAAGGUGUCUUUCCCCGAAAUAGGCUAAUCCGUUAGUGUCACGCGCGCGAACUACGAGAUCGUCCGCAGGCCAAGGCGGAACAUUCAUCAAUCCUUCUGAGCACUCUCGAGAGUGACUGCGAUUGAUGUCCGCGACUGCGAAUCCUGACUGUAAAGCCCCGGGCGAAACAGAAAGUAUCCCCGAGGCUCUCUGGUGAGACUCUCCGAGUCUUACGUCGCACACCGUUCCACUCUCUUCCUCUUCGAGGAGUCCUUCGAGUCGUAACUAUCGAUGUCGUGAGAUUUAUUAUAGACGCAAAGAAAGUCUCUAUCAAAUGUUACGGCGAUAAAUGAUCUAUUCGUGAUAAACGUUCUCGUCCGGAGAACGCUUUUGAUAGAUUAUUUCAUUAUCAUUAAUGCAUCGCACGAAUAUCUGGUGUUAAACUUUUAAUUUCUGGAUUAAAGUAGGACAAGAAAUUCAAUCAAAAUGAAAAUUAAAGGUGAUGAUAUAAAUGGUAGAAGUAAAGGUUCGUUUUAAUUAGGUAUAUAAAAUACAUUUACCGCCUUUUUAUUUCGUGUAAAAUAGAGAAAUUUUUGUUUAUAUUUUUAUUUCGCGUGUACGAUUAUAUUCCACGUGUACGUAUUUUAAAGGAUCUUUAGAGAUUUAAAAAAACAGUCUUAUCGCACCUGCAAUUCGAAUGCGGCGAUGUAAUGUGAGGGGAAGAACAAGCGCUUUCGUAAUGGAAUGUCAAAGACGCGAAACCUUGACACGAAAACCAAACAGCGAAGCAUGCGAUUAGAAAGAAUCAUGCAAAUAUAUGCAAAAUGUAUUUCCGGGGACAUCGUAUCGGUUGUAUACACAUUGUUGCUAUUCACUGCGGAAAGAAAGCUUUCUCCCCGGCGAGUGAAGGACUCGUACGGUUUGUAAUUAACGGCGCGCGCUGCCACGGUGAAAACGGCAUCAAAGAGGCUUUCAAAGUACACGAUGUGAAUAAUUGCGACGAAAUCGUCAUUACGACGUAAUUAAGUUUAAUGCUUUCCCGACUGCAUUCACCAUAAAAUGUCAAUAACUUCACGGAGAAAGACUUGACAAUGGAAUGGCAAUUAUCUUCAAUUGAAGGACAAAUCAAUUUGUUUUACUGUUGAUUAAAGAAAGGCCUGCCAAUUCAACUAAUUCAUGUGUUGCAGCAACGUGGCUUAGUAUAGUAAUUCAAAUACUGUUAGACAAGAUGUCAAAGAAAAAAAUUGACACCGUCGAAAAAAAGGAGCCAAUUCUUCAUAACGUAGAAUGUUAACGUAAAACAAUUCAUUGACGUCUCUAUAUUGUGGAUAAUUAUAAGUACGCAAUAUUGAUGCGCGAUUUCGGUGAGCGAUAGGAGUCGAUAAAUCAAAGAACGAAAUACUGCCGAACAAUUGAAAUGCAAAAUAAACUGUUCAAGAUUAAGAGCGACGGCGAAUACUGGAAACAAAUAUUGUGCCAAAACGUACUUGAGCCAAUAAGAGAGCGAGUUUUAAUUCAUUGAUAUUUGAAGGAACGAGUAUCAUGCGCUUCCAUUUGACACAAGACUUAAAAAGCCAGUCCAUUACAUCGUAAUUAAGAUUAUUGCAACAAAUUGACCAGCGUGUUUCCAGUAGGCUCGUAACGCUCGCGUAACACAUUACGAUGUUAAUUAGAUUACUAAUUAGGUAGAAUUAGUCGGAUUGACGUGUCCAUCUAUAACAAAUCCUACUUCCUACCCUUCGAGUCGUUAAUGUGUCCGUAGAUUUCGGUAGAAAUUCUCGAUCUUGUUGUCGACAACGUGUACGCUCGAUAAAAUGUUAAACUAUGAAGAUCUACAAUCAUCAAUUCUAUCCAAGUGAAAUAAUAUUAAAGAAUUGAUUUUUAAAUAGACGUUCUUGGGUCAAACUGGGACGUUUUAUGUCGUAGUAAAAAUAUUUAUUAUCCUUGUAAGGAUAAUUUAACUUUAUCUCGAAUACGAAUCGGUUAUGUCUUUUUAAUUUUAUACUGAAAUCUUUUUUUAACCAACCUCAUUAAUCUUUCUUUCGUAUUAUUUCACUUAGACGUACUUGGUCCAUAGCUGAAAAUGUGAAGAUGAGUAUUCUUCCCGAGAAAGUCGCGCGCGAGAAUGUCGUUUUACGACGUUCGCAAGAAGACUGGUUUCACGAUUCCGCGAAUGUAGGCACAGUUAACAAUAAGUACCUAUGUAGUAAUAGUGGUCAUUAAAACUUGAUUUUAUCCUUAGGAUCAUCUAUACGCGAACGUCUCUUCAGCGUCAUCCUCGUUUACGUCGCUUCGAAACUUCCGUUUCGCUGGGCGGAGAAACGCGCACGCGUGUUUCGCUUUAUAUCCAUUGCGAAUCAAACUUUUUAACAAUUAAGAUUAAUUAGCGUGUCAGUACUAUCUAAGUUAGGCUCGCCCGGAGGAAUCUUUUACUGUAUUAUCUAAUUGUGAGACGUACGUAAUGCUUUCCGCAGGAUUUAUACGCACACUUUGGUCACGUGAGUCGUAAGUUUCUUUCAGGAGAAGAUCUGGGCGAAUAUUCUAGGCAUUUAAAUAGAUACCGUAACUUCGAAUUAAUACUAAUUUCAUUAUCUACGACUGUGAUAUAAAUAUAUGUAUUUGUAUCGUUACGUUUCGUAACAUGUAUCCGCAUUAAUCAAUCACUUGGAGAUAUAAGUUCAUGAAUAACCAAUGUAAUGAUAAUUAUUGUGCUAAUAAAUAGUAACUUCAUGAAACAAAAUA